AUGGACGGGCUUCUUCAAGUAUCACUCGAUGGUUUCAGAUUCGAGAACGGAUCUGGAUCUGGACCUUGCUGCAAACCCAGAAACAAUCUCGACUCCGAUAACAAUCUCUUCCCCAAUUUCAGCGAACCCGAGACUCAGAACCAGUCUUCACCGAACGAUUCUCCUCCGUCUAUAUGUUUGGAUAACUCCCCUGUUCUUAAGUACAUCAAUGACAUGUUGAUGGACGAAGAAGAUUUCGUAGGGGAAGAUUCUCGUUUGCUGCAGAACGAUCUAGCCUUACAAGCUGCCGAGAGAUCCUUCUACGAGAUCAUCCAGCAACAAUCCCCUGAAUCUGACCAGAACACAAGCUCCUCCGAUCAAAACUCCGGCGACCCUGAUUGCAGUUUUACCGCGAACUUCAGCACAACGUCGACUUUAACAGAUUCAUCAGCGCUGGCUUCGAACGGAGAGUCGCAGAGAAGGUACCGUCAUCGAAACGACGAAGAAGAUGAUCUUGAGAAUGGUCGGAGAAGCAAACAACCUGCGAUUUUCAUCUCGGAGAUGGAAGAGCUAGCGGCAAAGCUGGAGCACGUGUUGUUGGUAUGCAAAGCGAACCAAGAAGAAGAAAGUUCAGCUUCGGCAAUCACGAAACAGAGUCCACCACCACCAAACAGAACAGGACGAGUAAAAGGUUCAUCAAGCAGAUCCAAGGCGCCAAAACCUAACCCCGUUGAUCUCCGGAGCCUCUUGACGCAGUGCGCGCAAGCUGUAGCGAGCUUUGACCAGAGAAGAGCAACAGAUAAACUCAAGGAGAUUAGGUCACACUCUUCUAGCAGCGGCGACGGAAUUCAAAGACUGGCUUAUCACUUUGCAGACGCGCUCGAGGCACGUAUCACCGGAAUCAUCUCGCCGCCGGUUUCUACUGCGUUUCCUUCUAGCACGACAUCGAUGGUAGACAUCUUGACGGCGUACAAGCUGUUCGUUCAUGUUUGCCCCAUCUACGUAACGGAUUACUUUGCUGCAAACAAAUCAAUCUACGAGCUUUCCUUGAAAUCAGAUAAGCUUCACAUCAUUGAUUUUGGUGUUCUCUACGGCUUUCAAUGGCCCUGUCUGUUACUAGCCCUGUCUAAACGACCGGGCGGACCACCGAUGCUCCGUGUGACUGGAAUCGAGCUGCCACAGUCAGGUUUCCGUCCUUCAGACCGGGUCGAAGAGACUGGCCGGAGACUGAAAAGGUUCUGCGAUAUGUUCAACGUCCCGUUUGAGUUCAACUUCAUAGCCAAGAAAUGGGAAAGCAUCAGUCUUGAUGAGAUCACGAUCAAUCCAGGAGAGACGACGGUCGUCAAUUGCAUUCACCGGCUACAAUACACUCCCGAUGAGACCGUGUCGCUGAACUCUCCGAGAGACACGGUUCUGAAGCUGUUCAGAGAUAUCAACCCUGACCUCUUUGUGUUUGCAGAGAUCAACGGAACGUACAACUCUCCUUUCUUCAUGACGAGGUUCCGAGAAGCGCUCUUCCAUUUCUCUUCGCUCUUCGACAUGUUCGACACCACCAUACAAGCGGAGGAUGAGCACAAAAACAGGGCACUGCUUGAGAGAGAGCUGCUUGUGAGAGACGCGAUGAGCGUGAUUUCCAGCGAGGGCGCUGAGCGGUUCGCGAGGCCUGAGACCUACAAGCAAUGGCGGGUUAGGAUCUUGAGAGCCGGGUUCAAGCCAGCAGCAAUGAGCAAACGGAUCAUGAAGGAGGCUAAAGAGAUCGUGAGGAAACGUUACCAUAAAGACUUUUUGAUCGAUAGUGAUAGCAACUGGAUGCUUCAGGGAUGGAAAGGAAGAGUCAUCUAUGCUUUUUCUUGCUGGAAACCUGCAGAGAAGUUCACAACAGAGAAUCAUUUCAUCAUUUGA